AGAAUCUCUAUAAUCUUCAACGGUCAUAGCCAACUCUUAGUACUUUUUUCACAAAGGCCCGAGUUUGCGAUGCAUCAGGAAAGGAAGCACCUCUUUCUGAAGAAAAAAUGGGAACCAAAUCGUCCUAUAGUCUUGUAUCUUCCCCUGUAAUCAAUACAUCCUCAGCUCCACGAGCUAUCACGUCUACGGCUUCUCUCACAAAAACGCACACAACAAUAAAGCCACGCAGAACAAUUAUCUUGGACGAGGAUGGUGGCAACAACGGUGGCAACAGCCAUAAUACGGAUCCACGACAGGAACGAAUAGCUGCAAGGUCCGUAUUAGCGGCUAGACCAUCUCGACCAACGUCAAGGGCCGAAAUAUUAAACAGGCACUCUACAGGUGACAGGAAAAGGAGCAUGGGGCUGAAGCCCUUACGUAAGGAAGAUGAUGAGACUUUGCCGUUUGAAGAGCGUAUGCCAGUUUCACCACCAGGUUCCCCUGGAAUGAAUGCGCGACCACCGUUGUUUCAAGAGCCAAAGCAGGAUGCACUGAUAACAGCCCAACAAGAUCCAAGAGUUGAGUCAAUAUCAGCGUCGAUGAUUGCACCUUCUGAGAUUAUGAACACGGGACCAUCAUCGGGUCCCUGUUCAACAAAUACCGGCCCAUCUACGCCCCCAAAGAAAUCAGAUUCCAACUGUAAUACUUCUACAAGUGUGAACACUCCGCCUCAACGGUCAAAGAAAAACCCAAGUCCCUUUAGGACACCAGAUAAAUCGCGUAGAUCCCGCUCAGCCAUGGAGUCUCUUGGCCUCUCUCCUCAGGACUCAGUCUUCUGGGUCAGGACCCCACCUAUGGAGGCGCUUAAGAAACUAGGAAGAAUGAAUACAGGACAGUCUCACGAAGAAGAGGUUGCGUCAAUCGUCGGUCGACUAUAUCAAACAUCAUCCGCAGGUGCGGCACUCAGGUCAAUGCCUCGGGGGCCCAAAGACAGGAUCAAAGAUAUGCUCAACACCAUCCGCAUGUCUAGUGCGCCCCCUUUUCAAGACUUACAUGAAGACUUGGAUGACACGGAAGAUGGAGACCCAGCAUCUCCUACAAAAAAAUUAAUGGAAAGGCGCAAAAAUGUGUCCAACAGUCGUCAAAGCCUAGUUAAAUCAAAUACUGCGCUGGAACGUGGGAGGGCUGGACGACGAUAUGGGCGCGCACAUCAAUAUAAUAAAAAGACCUUGAAUCAACUCUCUCCGAACCACUCAACGCCAUGUCCGCAACGUCGCGAGGAUAUCCUCAAAAUGAUUGAUCAAAUCAACGCCAAUAUGGCUGCACCUUCUAAUCCCGGGACCUCGGAUUCAGAUGAUGAAGCAGCACCUCUUGAUUCUCGUUCCUCAAUACGUCCAACUGAGUCUGACAGUGUGCCCAAGACACCAUUGCGUGACCUUGUCUCGGCCUCAUCUCAACUGCACUUUUCACCUGGAGAGUUUGACAAUUUUUUCGAUGAUUUGGACAUGGAUGAUCAUGAUUUUGAGGAGUUGACACAGCUCGAACUAGUGUCGUCCAUGAGUCCCGGCUUUGCAGCAGCGGACAUGUCCAUCUCUAGCGUAUCUACGUCUGCGGCAUCAUGUGGCGGUGGUGACAGGACUUUCUACGAUGUUCGACAGGAAUUAUCGGAGCUGGGGAGAGAGAGAGCAGAAAAUCUGCGAGAAGGGUGGAGAAAUGUAACUGAUUCUGUAGCCGAUAAUGUUACUACCACAACAGACACGACCGCUGAGCCUGAGGGGGCAGGUUUAAGCUUGAAUGAGGAGCUCAUCGUGGAAGAGGUGACUGAAUACCAGGAGAGAAUCAACAUCAAGAAGGCUAGUACAUUGUCAAGUGGUGACUUUGAUGACUUUGCAGAUCUAGGAGAUGAUUUUGAGCUUGAGGAUGAUGAUCUGUAUGAUACCCCUCUGACUUUCAAUGUGCAGGCCCACAUUGACAGUGUAAAAUAUAGACGCUUUAAGAUCAUCAAAAUCAUGGAUGGUAUUAUGGACCCAAGGUGGUAUGGUCCCAGUAAGGCUUUGUUUGUUACAGAUGAUCGGAAUCAAACUCCUGCAAAAAUAUUUCUACGAGACUCAUGGAUGACUAGUCGUAUUGAUAUUGGUGACAUUGUUCAUACGAUAAGCGCCUUUAUAUACAAACUCGAUAUACUAGAGCUAAUGUUGGAUGACCAUCAAGGGUUUUUGAUUGUCAAGCCUGAUAGUCUGGUCUCAACGUCAGUUCUUGCAGAGAGCUUCAACUGUAUCCGCAAGCCCAUCAUUGAUAUCCGUGCUCGAAAGACAGACGAGACGACAGUGCCCUUGAUUCAUGGGACGAUGCUGCAUGAGCUCUUCCAACAAUCACUGCGGAGCAAUGAUUUUUCGACUGAAUCCAUGGAGGCAAGGCUGGACGAUAUUAUAAAAUUACAUUUGAAUGACCUUUGCCUAAUUAGCGAGUCGAUCGAUGUUGCACGGGAGAGGAUCUCGGAACUGAUACCAGCAUGCCAGGAUUGGGCUCGAAAAUACUUGCGGAAUUCACCUUGCGCAGAAGCAAUAGUUGAUAAUACUAUGGGCCAUACCCUCAAUAAUGAAUACAGUUUGCUUUGUGUUAACAAAAUCUUGGACAUUGAAGAAAACAUCUGGUCGCCAAUGUUUGGGCUGAAAGGCAAAAUCGAUGCAAGCAUUCAGGUGGUGCUCAAGACAAUGAAAAAAAACAUGGACCCUGCUAUAGCAGAGACAAAGAUAUUGACGGUUCCAUUUGAGCUCAAGACAGGGAAAAAGUCAAACGUGAUUUCACAUCGUGCCCAAACUAUGCUCUAUACUCUACUCAUGACAGAUCGAUAUGAUGUAGAUGUUCAAUGGGGCUUACUCUUCUAUCUCAAGGCCGGGGAACUGAUCCGUGUCAAUGCACCACAUGAUCAAAUUCGGGCAAUCUUAUUCCAACGCAAUGAGAUUGCUGCAUAUGAAGAACAGAAGCUGUCAUUGCCUCCUAUGGUGCAGGACUCACAAAAAUGCGGACGGUGUUUCUCAUUCUCAUCUUGUACUGUUCUCCACAAGCUGUUAGAAGAUGGGACUGCAGAGUCUUCAGGGCUUGGAGCUAUGUUUGAUGAGGUAACUGAUCACUUGAGCAGUACGCACGCAGAAUUCCUGCGCAAAUGGAACCGACUAUUGGCACUAGAACAAGGAGAUGUCGCCAAAUUCCAAAGUCAGAUCUGGUCCAUGCUCUCAGUGGAUCGACAAGCAAGCGGGAACUGUUUCAGCAAUUUAGAACUAAUCGAAGAGCCUAAAGAAAGUAACAAUAGGCCCAGAGACCUGUCAAGCAGCAAGGAUAUUGAGUUUUCAAUGUCAGGGCGGUUUGCUCGACAUCAGUAUCGAUUCAAACUUGGCGCUCCUCCAUCAUCUCUCAGCCAACAGACUCUCUCACAAACCCUUCGAGGCGGCCUGUCACUUCUAAGCUCCAACAUUUCUGUAGGAGACCCUAUAGUUGUCUCUUCUGAAGGAAAUCAUUUUGCCCUAGCAAUGGGCUAUGUUCUUGACAUGAGUCUUACGGAAAUUACUGUUGGAUUGGACCGCCCGCUGCUUGGACCACCUAUGAGGCUAGAAGGCUUCGAUCAGGAGCGUAAUCAAUCUUAUAGAGGUUUGAUUAGUAUUGAAAAUCCAGUACCGUCCUCUGGUAAUACUGAGGAAUAUUAUUCUAAUCUAGCCAAGAACAAAGUCAUGUUCCGGCUAGAUAAGGAUGAAAUGUCCGCAGGCAUUGCUCGGACACGUAAUAACCUUGUACAACUGUUCCGUGCAGAUGCUGACGGAGGUGAUUCGAAGCGAAGACGGUUGAUAGUUGAUUUGGAGAGACCAGAGUUUGAGCCAAUUCAUGACUUUAAGCGACAGGAUCUUCUUGAUCUGAACGGAGACCAAUGCCGAGCAGUGGAGGCUGUACUGGCAGCAAGGGAUUACGCGCUUAUUUUGGGCAUGCCAGGGACAGGCAAAACAACAACAAUCGCACAAAUCAUUCACAUCUUGGUGAGACAGGGCAAAUCCGUGUUAUUGACGUCGUACACUCAUUCUGCAGUCGAUAAUGUACUCUUGAAGUUCCUGAAACUGGGACAACGACCAGACACUAAUGUUGUACGACUUGGUGCCAAGUUGUAGGAACGACCUGUUUAGGCAUUGGAGACCCCUUGUUUACAGAAAAACGAUUUGAUUAUUGCAUUGUGGACGAGGCUUCGCAGAUCACGCUGCCGGCUUGCCUUGGACCGA